UAUAUGCAAUUUUUUUUCUCAUAUAUGUGUGAGUAUUUUAUUACUGUUUCCGAGCAAAACCACUAUCACCACCACUUGCUGUAUGAUGGUCAACAUGUUAAACUUGAUUUCAGUCUGCACCCCCAAGUAACAGUAUACAGAUUGGAGUUGAUGGUCUUCAUUCAAAAAAAUUAAAAUCAAUAUAAAUAAUUAUUAUUUUUAAAAAGUGCUCUAAAUAAUAAAUUAAUAUAUAUUUUUAAACAUGUUAUAUUUUGAUAAUAAAAAAAUGAUUAGAAAAAAAAGUAAAAGAUUAACUGAAACACCAUUGUGUUCACCGAAAAAUUUGUGUCUAACUUGGAAAAAUAUUUUUUAUACUGUUAAAAAAAAUAAAAAUGAUGGAUAUUGGAGAGAUUUAUUUAAAGGAAGACAAAUGGAAAAUGUUCAACUUCUUCAUAGUGUCAGUGGUGCUGUAAAGUCUGGUACACUAUUAGCAAUUUUAGGACCAAGUGGAGCAGGAAAAACAACUUUACUUGCAACAAUUAGUAAAAGAAUUAAGGGUGAAUCAACUGGUGAUAUUUUAUUAAAUGGAAAAAUGAUAAAUCGUGAUAUGAUGUCAAGAAUAUCUGGAUUUGUUCCACAAGAUGAUCUUUCAAUUGAAUCCUUGACUGUACAAGAACACAUGGAAUUUAUGGCACGAAUGAGAAUGGAUAGUCGUUAUAGAAAAACAGCAAGAGAUCAAAGAAUUGAAAUUUUAUUGGCAGAUUUAGGUAUAACAGAAUCACAGUGUUCAAAAUUAUCAACAUUAUCUGGUGGUGAACGUAAACGUGUAUCAUUAGCUGUACAAUUAUUAACUGAACCAAGUAUAUUAUUUUGUGAUGAACCAACAACUGGUCUUGAUAGUUAUUCAGCAAUGGUUGUCAUACGUACACUAAGAAAAGUUGCUAAAAGUGGAAGAAUUGUUAUUUGUUCACUUCAUCAACCAGCAUCUGGUUUAUUAAAUGAAUUUCAUGAAAUUUUACUACUUGCUGGUGGUGGUAGAGUUGCAUUUCAAGGAACAAUUAAUGAUGCAACUAAUUUUUUUUCAAGUCUUGGUUUUUAUUGUCCAGCAACAUUUAAUAAUGCUGAAUUUUUUGUAUCAAAAUUAUCAAUAAUUCGUGGUAAAGAACUUGAGUCAAAAAUUAAAGUCAAUAAUAUUUGUAGUGAAUUUAAUAAAUCACAAUAUUCAGAUAAAAUAAAUAAUAUUAUUGAUGAAUGUUGUAGUGGUAAAUUUGAUAAUGAUUAUAAUAAAUCACCACAUGAAAUUUUUACUGAUGAUACAUUACAAGUUAGUGAUUUUAAAAAAAUUAAAUCAAUAACACAACUUGAAUGGUUAACAUGGAGAAGUUACAUUGAUUAUAAAAGAAAUUGGUCAACAAUUAUUUUACGUUUUAGUAUGUACAUGUUGAUUGGUCUACUUUUGGCAGUACCAUAUGUUCAUGUUACUGAUAAUAUUGAUCAACGAAGCAUACAAAAUAUGCAAGGUCUCAUGUAUCUUGUUGUCACUGAAACUGUAUUUACAUUUAACUACAGUGUAUUUUAUACAUUUCCAAAAGAAUUGCCACUACUGUUGAGAGACAUGGCCAGUGGUCUUUACUAUCCUGGACCAUUUUAUUUCAGCAAAAUUGCAGUUCUUAUACCUGGAACUGUUUUUCAGCCAUUUAUUUAUGCAGCUUUAAUAUUUUUUAUUGCUGGAUUAAAAGGUGGAUUUUUAGGUUUUAUUUAUUUUUCAAUUCCUGUUAUUUUAUGUGCAACAUCAGCAACAGCUGUUGGUUGUUUGAUGUCUGCUUCAUUUGAAUCAGUUGAUACUGCCUCAUUGUUGUCAGUUCCAAUUGAUUUUAUAACUUUAGUAUUCAGUGGUAUUUAUCUUCAUCUGGGAAGUUUACCACCUCAAUUAUCUUGGCUCAAAUAUGUGUCACAGUUUUACUACAGUUCUGAAGCUGUUUCAGUUAUUCAAUGGCAAGAAUACAAUGCCAUUAAAUGCUCGGAUGAUCCUGAUGAACCAUGCAUAUCAUCUGGUCAAGGAGUUCUUGAUAAAUAUGGUUUUUCAUCAGAUAAUUAUUUAAUGGAUUUGAUUGGUCUAAUUGCAAUAUUUACUGUUGGUCAUAUUGCUGGUUAUUUGGCAAUACUUUACAGAACUCGUAAAGAACCAGUUUAUUAAAUACCACAAAUAAAAAGGAUAACAUUUUUUUUUUUUUACAUUGAAAAACACAAUAUGAAUUUACGAUUUUUAUUUGUUUUAUAUUUCAUUAUA